CGAAGGAUUGGAACGAAUCACUUCCAUUCCUUGGCUUAUUGAAUCGCGUGAGCUGUACCUCGAAAAAAGGAGUGUGAUAGGAAAAUAUAGAUUUGUUCAUAGUUUGUUUGAAAUGGAUGAACUUGCAGUUGAAGUAUGCGGUGACAAUGGUGCUCACUACAAGGGUAUUGUCACCGAUGUGUUCGACGAUGGAGUAAUGGUCGAGUUCGAGAAUGAUUGGCAAGAGGCGUCAAAGUUCCACUUCAAUCAAGUACGAUUACCACCAAGCGAAAAUUAUGAAGGUUUUGUUGAGCGAAUGGAGGUGGAAGUAUUUUCUCGCUCACAUGAAAAUGAAGCAUGCGGCUGGUGGCGGGCAGUUAUAAAGAUGAUGAAAGGAGAGUUUCUCGUCGUUGAAUACCUAGGCUGGGAUCAUAGUUAUACGGAAAUUGUGAACACCGAUCGGAUCCGAGCGAUUAAUCCGAGUGCAACAAUCAAUGAGAAAACCUUCCAUCGAUUUGAGAUUGAGGUACCAGAGGAAGUGCGAGAAUACGCUAAAAUUGAUGGUGUUCAUAAAGAGUUUCAGAAAACUAUACAGGCAGCAGUUUGCCGGUACAUACCCGAACGCGGAGUUUUACGCGUUAUCUCUCGAUCCGAGGCUACGCAACGAAGAGCGACGAUGAUACAAGAGAUGCAUUUCCGCAAUUUAAAUCAAAAAGUGGUGUUGCUGAAACGAACUGAAGAAGCUGCCAGACAAUUAGAGUCCACGAAAUUGCAGAGUUCUGGAGGGCAAUUUAAUAACAAUCAGAGAAUAUCUGCCUUUAUGGGACAAUGUAUGAGUGAAAGAUUUACCGAUGAAUUUAAAGUUCGUGAAGAUUUAAUGGGGCUAGCGAUUGGUGCACAUGGUGGUAAUAUUCAAACCGCUCGAAAGCUGGACGGUGUAUUAAAUAUCGAACUGGAAGAAAACACUUGUACCUUCAAAAUUUCUGGCGAGUCUAGCGAAGCAGUGAAAAAAGCCCGGGCGAUGCUAGAAUAUAGUGAGGAAUCGUUGCAAGUUCCUCGAAAUUUGGUAGGAAAGGUGAUCGGCAAAAAUGGACGAAUUAUUCAAGAAAUUGUGGAUAAAAGCGGUGUCGUACGUGUGAAGAUUGAAGGCGAUAAUGAACCUCAGCCUAGCAUACCGAGAGAAGAAGGACAAGUCCCAUUUGUUUUCGUCGGCACUGUUGAAUCUAUAGCCAAUGCCAAAGUUUUGUUGGAAUAUCAUUUAGUGCAUUUGAAGGAAAUAGAGCAAUUACGCCAAGAAAAACUUGAAAUCGAUCAACAAUUGCGCGCUAUUCAAGGUUCAAGCAUUGGUUCGAUGCAAAGCUUCUCAAUGAAUCGACGCUCCGAUCGAUCGUAUAACAAUGAUAGUGACGGGUCUCGUUUAAAUCGCGGAGGAAUGCGUGGACGCGGUGGCCGUGGUGGUCGCGGUGCUAAUCAACGAUACUCUGCUCGUCGCGCUGCAGACAAUGAGGAUGAUUAUACAUCCAGAGAUAAAGACCAUCGAGGCGGUAGUGGUAACUAUAUGGACGUGCGCAAUAAUCGUAAUACCCGGGGACAAAGUGAAAAACGUGGUGGUUCUACAAUCUUAGCAAGCAACAGUAGUGCUUCGGGCGUUACAGACCAGACCAGACCGGUAGCAAGCAACGGUAACGCGAUCAUUGGUGCGGCCAGUGCUAUCACCAAUACCGGUAUCGGUAACAGUGGCAAAAGAAAUGAACGAAACAAAACACAAUCGCAUCAACUCCAGAACGCACGGCAGCAACUGUCGCAAAUGGCCUCAUCACAAGCACAACAGCCAGCGUCCGAACAGACUGGUCUGGCUGGUCCAGAAGAAAGCUCGGAUAAACGUGACCCAUCUCAAAGAAGUGCAAUCGAUUCGUCGUGGGCGAGUUGCUGGAACGAAGGUUAUGAACGAAGCAAUGUAGAACAUGAGAGCAAUUCGUCCAAUGACGGAACACACCAGCGAAGCAGAAGACGAUCCAAAAAUCCAACUUUGAAAAGUACUGCAAACGGUAAUACGCAAAACUCCAAUACUAAACAGAGUAACUCCAGCAACAAUUCUAUAAAUGCUGCUACAUCGGGUAAUCAACCAAACGCUAGCAGCAAACCACAACCAGCGAUGCAGCAACACACACACGCUGGUGCACAGACUAAUGUGCAAAACUCAAGUACGUCACAAUCGAACGGCACGAGCGGGACUAUAGCUACAGCUACUACAAGCGUUGGCAAUGCAUCAUCCGCUCCCGGGCCGAAAGUCCAGCGGGAUUCAAAUUCGCGUCACCGAGGAAGCCGUGGUGGAGUUGGAGUCGGCAGUAAACAUAAGCAAGCACAGCAACCACCACCACACCAGCCAAACCAACAUUCGUCACAAACUCAGCCACAACAACAACAACAGCAGCAGCAGCAGCAAGAUACUGAAAAUACUUCAAGCAAAGUGAAUAUCGUGGCCGGUGGCGGUACCGUAUCGACAGCUGCAUCGAGUUUGGUACCGGUAAAAAGUGGCAAAGAUGCGCUACUAAACGGUUCUUCAUAGAAUACAUGGUAAUAAUGUCAAUGGUGUAACAGUCGUAAGAACCUGUUUGAAAAAUUACAUUUUGCCUCCAUCUUCAUUAAGUUUAGCGAAGAAAUAGAGGCUCUGCAUGCAUAAUUCUCAUCUGCAUCAAGAAACGUAACACAUAAUUAAAAAAAAACAACAAGGAAAUACGUUCAAAAUGAUUCGGUUUGAUUUGGGUCGCAUUAAAAAGUCUAAUUAGCUAUAGUGGAACUUUUUCGCAAGUUAUAAGUAAAUUGUAAAUUCGAUUGCCCCGUGAACAUAAGACAGUUUUUUUGUUCAAUUUAGUUGCUCAAUAUUUCCUUAAUACAACAUUUAACGAAAAAAAAACAACAACAAAAAGUGAUUUUCUGGAAAAUUCAAAAUUAAUAGUUCUUAUUAUUUAUACGGUAGAACAAAUACUUAAUAGCUGUUCGACGGUCGCGUUUAAAUUAUUCUGAAUAUAAUCCAUAUGAAUUUAAACACUGUGUCAUCCGCACGUUUCGCUUGCGUCGAUUAAGCUUCAAUAUUUUGUUCUCCCUCAAAGCGGUGCGUGUCAUCUUAGAAGCAAAAGCGUUUUCAUAUGUUUGUAACGUGCUGUUGCUUAAAACAAACAAAGGACAGAGGAACCAUCAUCAGAACACAUAUUGUGUAUCUGACCGGUCAUUGAUUUUUUUCGGUUCGUGGCCCAGCGGUUGACCCUCUGUGUGCUGUUGUAUGAUGAUUUUUUUUGACACAGGACAGCUGGUAGUGUUAAGGAUAAUUUUGUGUAUGAAUUAUGUGUUUUUUUUUCAACUCCUUUAUUGUUCUCCAAUAAUUAGGUUCUUGUUACAGCUGUGGAAGAAAAUAUUCUAAAAGGAUACUAGCAAUUUGUUUCAUUACCUUAUAGUUCGCUUAUCGGAAUCGUGGAUGUAAAGGCAAGCACUCUUAUAGUAGUCGCGACACAACGGAAGCGACUGUGUUCGGUAGUGUUCUAUCAAAUAUUUAAUAGAAUUGUCAAACAUUCGGUUUAAAACAAACGGCUACUACUAUGCCCGCCGCUGAAGUUUUUCGAUCUUAAAUUCAAUUAUCCAUUGUAUGAAAAAAAAUAGUAUUAAGACGACUGAAUGUGCAACAAAACAAAUAAAGUCACGCGUGGAUUAAAAUGAAAAAUAAAUAAGACGCCAUUUUUCCUCGCGCAAAAUAUUAUUUGAAUUCCAUCCUAGAUGUUCCGAUUCCAAUAAUUUGCUUUUUUUGUAAUUAUCGACAACAAAACAGUCUUUUGGUUCAAAUGUAGCUCGGUUGGUUUUGUCUUGUGAUCUUUACAGAGUGAUGCUGUCGCUUUCUCGUCGACAGCUCUGUCAUGCUUCUCGUACUCCAAGCAAAGCUGUAUCAGUCGUUUAAAAUCUAGCUUUCUAAUAUUAUGUUAUUUAUUUUAUUUUAUUGGGUAUGAAAAUCUUUUCUAAGUGACUCAACAACAAUGAUUUGGUCCAGUGGAUUAAAACGGUUCGAGGAGCUAAUUUCGAAUAGUGUUUUAUCGGUUGCCUUAUUUGAUCAAGCAAAUGAACAACAAUACUUAGUUGAGUUAAUUGUUUUCAAAUUCUUUUUAUCAUAAGAAAUAUUUGUCCAUCUUGAACGAAAAUGAAGUAGCAUAAACAAACUCUUGAUCCGAGAUCUAUCGACUGGAAUAGGUUGACUUUAAUUUUUCGAAGCAUUUAGGUGCACAAAACCGGCGUAGUUAGUAUAACAUUGUAUCAAACUAUAUUUUUUUUAGCACUAACUAAUGGCGCAGUAAUUAACACUGGUUAAGAUAAGAAAUAAAAUUUAGGUUAAAAAUAGCUUUUAAUAAGCAGCGUGUAGUACUGGGAUAGGUCCUUCAUUCCACUAUUAUUUUGACUCAUUCGUUCACUUAGUUUAUAUUGUUUGUGUAAUCUGGCAGACGAAUUGUUAUCGAUAGGAUAGCGAUAAGCAUAAAAGCUCCCAAUUAUACAAUGUAUUGCAAAGAUUUGCAAAUUCGAAUGUUUAAUUAGUUUCAACAAAAUAUGGCUGAUGAGAGAGGAACAUAGCUUUGAUCGCACGUAAGGAAUUAAAGAGGAAACAUUCUUGCUCAAAAUGUCGGUUUGAUAAUCAUUAAGAUGAACAGAAUUGCUGUACUAACAAUAUUACCAAAACAAAAUCAGCUUCAUUCAUUUAUGCAACGUGUUUCAGACCAACUCAACAUCGUCAAAAACAAUGUCACCUUUUUUUUUGAAGCUUCCUCAUACAUGUAUCCACAUACGCACUUCGAUAUCAUCAUUGGUAAAAUGUUAUCAUACUUUUUGUCGGUUUUAGUGAUACUUUAUUUAUCAGCGCAAAAGCACAAUAAUGAAUAACAGAAUGUAGAGCACGAUUUGUAAAAAUAAAAUAAAAAUUAUAUUAAUUUUUUUGCAGUAUGUUUUUUUUCUCAAUGAAUUACUUACUUAAAUUGUAGGGAGGCAUAAUUACGGUUGACAUAAAUAAAUAUGUUAGAAAAUUAAUUUACUACCAUUAGAGAGUCACCACAUGAUAAACCAAAAGCAAGAUUAAAUUAUUUUCGUUGGCACAUUUCAAGAAUUGUUGCAGUGAAACAGAGCUUCAGGGACACCUUUCACUGAUUCCGUUGGAGUAGUGAAUGUCUUGUAGUAAGCGAGUAAAAAAAAAUCUUAAGUUAAAGAUGAGUAUUAGCAAUAUAAUAUCUAGCUAAACGUACUAAACAAUUAUCGUGUAUAAUCAUGGCAAACGAACCAGUAAGUCUAACUACUCAUUUUUGUACGAAAUAGAUUUAAAGGACUUGCUACAAUAAUGUUUUUCUUUUGUUACAUAAUCCUUCAUAUUCAAAUAAGAAAAUAAAUUUUGCACUGGAAACGAAA